AAACAAACAAACAGCACAACACAUCACAUCACAACAACAACAAUUGUAACCAAGCAAACAAACAACACAAAAUCAUCACUACCAAAUAUCACAGACCAUUUGUGGCAUCCUGCGGAUAAUUGCGGCCCGCAUUCUGAACCCCGCCAUACCAUUUAAUUGCGCCCCCUCAUCAGCGUUGCACCAUCCGGGUAACAGCUGACAAACCCAACUCUUACCUACUUUUAAACUCGCCUCGUCCCUUUUCUUGCUCUCUGUCGUCUCCAUUCAAUCUUUGAAGAAUCAACCUAUUCAAUAAUCUUUGAAUAAUCCUCUCGGGGCGUCACAACAACCUCAACAACACUCACAACACAACAUCAAAAUGGGCGCCGACAACAUCCACCACAUCGAGUCCUCCGAGCAGCUCGAGGCUCUCCUCGCCUCAAACACCUACGUCGCCCUCGACUUCUACGCCGACUGGUGUCCUCCUUGCAAGGUCAUCGCCCCCGUCUACCAGUCUCUCGCCGACAAGCAUAGCGCCGACAAGUAUCUCGCCUUUGGAAAGGUCAACGUCGAUCACGUCCAGUCCGUCGCUGAAAAGUAUGGAAUCACCGCCAUGCCUACGUUCAUGUUCUUCAAGGAGGGCCAGCAGGUUGCUGUCAAUGGCAAGGCCAUGAUCCAGGGCGCCGAUCCCAGGAGCCUGGGUGCUGCGGUCGAGAAGCUUGGAGGAUUGGCCCAGAAGCGAAUCGAGGAGGCCGCUGCUUCUGCUUAAAGAAAUCAACCAUCGACCUCAGGGUUAGAAGAGAUCUGAAGAGAAGUUGCCGCAUUUGGUUGGCAAAAUAGAGAUGGGGAUACAAGGGGAAGCAUACAUGGCACUCUAGGCGCACAGCAGGGAUUAUAUCAUGGGAAAAGGCACAGAGCGUGUUGGAUAGCAUUUUAGAGCCAUAUGGUACAUAUUGAUUUACAAGAUUUUAUUCAUCA